AUGUUGUGGACCAUGAGAUCUGACUCACCGAUGGGUAGCACGACCUUGUUUUGGAGUCUGAUGCUGUCUGUCUCCACUGUCUGCAUAUGGCCCACGUAUGGAGAGAUUUGUGGUCCGAGUAUCGACAUCCGAAAUGACAUCAGUGAGUUCAAGCGGCUGGAGAACUGCACGGUGGUGGAGGGCUACCUGCGGAUCCUCCUCAUCAACGACAAGACCAACAACAUCAAUACAGAACGUUUCAGCUCCCUCAGCUUCCCCAAGCUGACCGUCAUCACGGACUACCUGCUGCUGUUUCGCGUCUCUGGCCUGGACAGCCUCAGCAUGCUCUUCCCAAAUCUGAGCGUCAUCCGUGGGCGCCAGCUCUUUUACAACUAUGCCCUUGUGAUCUAUGAGAUGACCAGCCUGAAGGACAUUGGCCUGUACAACCUGAGGAACAUCACCCGGGGAGCCUUGAGGAUUGAGAAGAACCCGGAGCUCUGCUACCUUGACUCGGUGGACUGGUCUUUCAUCAUGUAUUCGGAGUUCAACAACAUUAUCAAUGGAAAUAAGAAGGCUAAGGAGUGCGACAAUGUCUGUCCAGGAAUCAUGGAGGAUAACCCACUCUGUCAGAGGACGAAGUUCAAUCACAUCACCGACUACCGCUGCUGGACCUCUAACGAGUGCCAGAAAGUUUGCCCGGAACACUGCAAGCACGCCUGUACCGACAAGGGGGAGUGUUGCCACAGCCAGUGCCUGGGCAGCUGCACUGAACCCAACAACGACAUGGCCUGUGCCGCCUGCCUCCACUACUUCCACGAGGACCGCUGCGUGACAGACUGCCCCGCGGGCACCUACAAGUUCGAGGGCUGGCGCUGCAUCACCAUGGACCUGUGCUCUCAAGUGCACCUGCAAGGCGACUCUCACUUUGUCAUCCAGGGGGGGGAAUGUAUGCCCGACUGCCCCUCCGGCUUCACGCGCAACGAGACUAAUCGAAUGUUUUGCAGCGCCUGCAACGGACUGUGCGACAAGGUCUGCAACUCCCCCAUCAUCGACUCUGUGGAUGCUGCUCAGUCGCUGAAGGACUGCACCGUCAUCGAGGGCAACCUGGACAUCAACAUUCGCCGUGGAAAUAACAUAGCGUCUGAGCUGGAGAGCUUCAUGGGAUUGAUCCAGACAGUGACGGGCUAUGUGAAGAUUCGACACUCCCACGCGCUUGGCUCGCUGUCCUUUCUCAAGAGCCUGCGUUUCAUCAAUGGGCAGGAGCUCAUCGACAACAUGUAUUCCUUCUCCACCACCGACAACCAGCACUUGCAGUACCUGUGGGACUGGAGUCAGCACAACCUGACUAUUCGAGCCGGACGCCUCUUCUUCCGCCUGAACCCCAAACUCUGCAUGUCUGAGAUCCACACCAUGUGGGAGAAGACGGGGAUCAGCGUGAAGCCCGAGGAGGGCGAUUUCCGCAACAACGGCGAAAGAGCGAGCUGUGAAAGUCACACCCUCACGUUCAAGUCUAACCAAACAACGAGUCACUCGAUCAAGCUGAUGUGGGAGCGCUACCAGCCGCAAGACCCCGGAGACCUCAUCAGCUUCAUCGUCUACUACAAGGAGUCGCCGGUCCAGAACAUCACGGAGUUCGUUGGACAGGACGGCUGCGGCUCAAACAGCUGGCACAUGCUGGACGUGGAUCUUCCUCAGGAUGAAAACAGCGAACCGAACGUCAGUCUCCAGCACCUGAAGCCCUGGACCCAGUACGCCGUCUUCGUGAAGGCCAUCACCCUGCAGGUGGUGGGCAAACACAUCACUGGGGCAAAGAGUGACAUCGUCUACAUCCGCACACGCCCAUCGCCUCCUUCUGUGCCUAAAGACGCCCGCGCAUUCGCCAACUCCUCGACCAAGCUGGUGGUGAAGUGGUCGCCCCCCCUGUUUCCCAACGGCAACCUGACCUACUACCUGGUCCGCUGGCAGCAGCAGCCGGAGGACAAGGAGCUGUACGAACACAACUACUGCUCCAAAGAGCUGAAGAUCCCGAUCCGGAUCGCAGCGACAGGGCUCACAGACAUGGACGACAACACCAAGCCCACCAAGUCCGACUUGGCGGGGGGAGUGAAGGGCCCGUGCUGCGCUUGCCAGAAAACGCCGGAGGAGAAGGACCGGGAGAAGGACGACCGCAACUCUCUGAAGAUCUUCGAGAACUACCUCCACAAUACCAUCUUCCUGCCGAGACCUAAAGACCGUCGACGCAGAGAUGUGAUGGGCGUGGCCAACGACACGCUGUUCCACGACAGCGCCGGGAAGGGGAACACCACCAUCGGGCCGGGCAACAGUACGGAUGGCGUGCCUCCUAUUAGAGAGUAUCCGUUCUCAGAGGACAGGAGCACAGCAGAAUAUAUAGAUAUCGUCAACCUGCAGCCCUUCACAGUCUACCGCCUCGACAUCCACGCCUGCAACGAGGAGGUGGGCCGCUGCAGCGCCGGAGCGUUCGUCUUCUCCAGGACCAAACCUGCAGUCAAAGCAGACGACAUCCCUGGAAAGGUGAUCUAUGAGCGGAGUGAGAAGGUGGAGGGAUGUGUGCUGCUGCACUGGCAGGAGCCCAUUAUGCCCAACGGAGUCAUCCUCAUGUAUGAGAUCAAGUUCCGUCUGGGGACUGAGCCCGAGAAACACGUGUGUGUGUCGCGGCAUCACUACCGCGAGCACAAAGGAGCUCGUCUGACCAACCUCGGUUCUGGAAACUACUCUGCCCGUGUGCGCGCCACUUCUCUGGCCGGGAACGGCUCCUGGACGGAGAGCGUGUCCUUCUACGUGCCUCCACCCAAACGAGACGAUGGUGCUGCCUUUUACUUGGUCAUCAUAAUCCCCAUCAUAGCGACGCUCGUCAUUGCCAGCCUCACCACGAUUCUCUUCUUUGUGAACAAGAAGAGGAACAGCGACAGACUGGGAAAUGGAGUCCUCUAUGCAUCUGUCAAUCCAGAAUACUUCAGUGCUGCCGAGAUGUACGUCCCGGAUGAGUGGGAGGUAGCGAGGGAGAAGAUCACCAUGCACAAGGAGCUGGGCCAGGGCUCCUUCGGCAUGGUGUACGAAGGUUUAGCCAAGGGUGUGGUCAAGGACGAGCCGGAGACGCGAGUGGCCAUCAAGACGGUCAACGAGACGGCGAGCAUGAGGGAGCGCAUCGAGUUUCUGAACGAGGCCUCGGUCAUGAAGGAGUUCAACUGUCACCAUGUGGUGCGGCUGCUGGGUGUGGUCUCACAGGGGCAGCCAACCCUGGUGAUUAUGGAGCUGAUGACACGCGGAGAUCUGAAGAGCCACCUGCGCUCGCUGCGCAAAGAAAACUCCACCACUCAGGUCCUACCCCCCCUCAAGAAAAUGAUCCAGAUGACGGGGGAAAUCGCUGACGGCAUGUCGUACCUAAACGCCAACAAAUUUGUCCACAGAGACCUGGCUGCCAGGAACUGCAUGGUAGCCGAGGACUUCACCGUGAAGAUCGGAGAUUUUGGCAUGACGAGAGACAUUUACGAGACGGAUUACUACAGAAAAGGAGGGAAGGGCUUGCUGCCUGUCCGCUGGAUGUCCCCAGAGUCGCUAAAGGACGGCGUGUUCACUACGAUGUCUGAUGUCUGGUCAUUUGGUGUGGUGCUGUGGGAGGUCGCCACCUUAGCGGAACAGCCUUACCAGGGCUUGACCAACGAGCAAGUGCUGCGCUUCGUCAUGGAGGGAGGACUCCUGGACAAGCCUGACAACUGCCCGGACAUGCUGUUUGAGCUGAUGAGGAUGUGCUGGCAGUAUAACCCAAAGAUGCGUCCAAACUUCCUGGAGAUCAUCAGCAGCAUCAAGGAGGACAUGGAUUCUCCCUUCAUGGAAAUGAGUUUCUUCUACAGUGAGGAGAACAAGCCGCCGGACACCGAGGAGCUAGACAUGGAGGUAGAAAACAUGGAGAACAUUCAACUGGACCCUUUAUCCACCAGGCAGCCGUGUGCGGCCGCCGCCCCCUCGUCGGGUUGCACGGGAGGAACGCCGCCGCCCUCGGCGCAGCAGUUAUCCCCCAUGCAAGGCCCGAGUACUCCUUUACUGGGACCUGUGUCUCCCUCCUCCCCGGGCCCGGCUGCCUCAGCCUUGGCGUCUCCGGGCCAAGCUUUGGACAAGCACUCAGGACAUGUCUCGGCCAACGGGCCUGUGGUGCUGCUGCGGCCCAACUUUGAUGAGAUGCAACCGUACGCACACAUGAACGGGGGCAGAAAGAACGAACGGGCAUUACCACUGCCCCAGUCAUCGGCCUGCUGAUAUCAGACCAGUCCCUCAUUGUCCUCUUACACAGGGUAACACAAACCUCUCCUCCAUCUCUUAAGGAGGGAUGGCUGAGGUAAGAAAUGACUUGCUUUUCUACUGUGUGCCAGUAGAUGGUCUCUCCACUCCUCUAAGGUCAAACUCAGAAGUGUAAAAACGGAAGAAUGACAGAAACCUGCUAAAGCAUUUGGAGUGUGGCGGCUCAGACUCGACACUGGGGAUCUGCUUCCUGUGCGGCCUGUGCUUCCGUCAUCGAGUCCUUCAAGAAGGAGAACAAACACAGGCUCGUGUCCUGAUAUACGGACACGAACAUUGAGAAAAUAAUUUUUAACAUAUCUGCCAGCAAAUCCAACAGAAGAGCACUUUUUUCCCUGAUGAUAUCAGAGAGGAUGUUGUGGAUAUCUGAGUGUGUAUUUAUACAAACACGUGAUUCUCUCUAUAAUAUGUUUCUAAAAGUGACUUUCCAUCAAAAAUGACUGUGGCCGUGAGCAGAACGGCUUGUAUCAUGUGAGGAUGCCUCAAUCAGAAAGUUUGGACUAAGAUAAUGUUUUGUUUUUUCCUGUUGAUAUUUCUGUGGGUGUGGAUCCCGUCAGGAGUGGGUCACAAUGGAAGAGGAGGGGCCUGUUGUGUAUCUGCCAAACUGUUGCCAAAAUCAAGCUUUUUCCUCUCCUAUUUCAAACAGGCCUCCCUUCCGGUUUAAGGCUGUGAUUCAGAGUUGAGAUUUGCAUUUUUGCAGAAAUGUUACCAAAAUUUGUGUGU